AAAUCUCUGAUUAAAAACGAACUAUAAAAAUAAGGCAAUGAGUGCCUUUUGAAUUUUUUUCCUUAAAUAAACAAUUUCAAAAAUAGCACAAAUAAAGAUCUCACCAUUUUCAUUUCAUUUCUUCAGUUCAAAACAGUUACCUUUUUUUCUCCCCAAAAUCACAUGAAAAACCCUAGAAAUCUCAUUGAUUUUUUGAACAAAAAUCUCAAUUUGAUCUGAUUUAGUCCAUCAAUUUUCUAUUUUUUUUGGAUUUUAUAGGUAUUUUAUUGUAAAAUUGGAUCACCUGUUUGAUUAGCAGCCAUGCCAGUGGCGGCUUCAGCAAUAUACUUUUUGAAUCUCCGGGGCGAUGUUCUUAUCAACCGUCUCUACAGGGACGAUGUUGGGGGGAAUAUGGUAGAUGCCUUCCGGAUGCAUAUAAUGCAGUCAAAAGAACUUGGUACAUGUCCCGUCCGGCAGAUUGGAGGCUGUUCUUUCUUGUACAUGAGAAUUAGCAAUGUCUAUAUUGUGAUUGUUGUUAGCAGCAAUGCAAAUGUUGCAUGUGCAUUCAAGUUUGUUGUUGAGGCUGUUACACUAUUCAAAUCUUAUUUUGGUGGCGCCUUUGAUGAAGAUGCCAUCCGCAAUAACUUUGUUCUGAUUUACGAGCUAUUGGAUGAAAUUAUGGACUUUGGUUACCCUCAAAAUCUUUCACCUGAAAUCUUGAAACUCUACAUUACCCAGGAAGGUGUCCGGUCAUCCUUUUCAUCCAAGCAUGUAGAUAAGCCAGUUCCAAAUGCAACAUUGCAAGUAACUGGUGCGGUCGGUUGGCGCAGGGAGGGUCUUGUUUAUAAGAAGAACGAGGUAUUUCUGGAUAUUGUGGAGAGUGUUAAUCUCCUUAUGUCGUCAAAAGGUAGCGUCCUCCGUUGUGAUGUAACUGGAAAAGUUCUCAUGAAAUGCUUCCUUUCUGGAAUGCCUGAUCUGAAGUUGGGCUUAAAUGAUAAAAUUGGUCUUGAGAAAGAGUCACAACUCAAGUCCCGUCCGACUAAGAGCGGUAAAACUAUUGAGCUUGAUGAUGUUACUUUCCACCAAUGUGUAAAUUUGACGAGAUUCAACUCAGAGAAGACUGUCAGUUUUGUCCCGCCUGAUGGUGAAUUUGAAUUGAUGAAGUACCGCAUCACUGAAGGAGUAAAUCUUCCUUUCCGUGUAUUACCAACUAUCAAAGAAUUAGGCCGUACACGUAUGGAAGUGAAUGUUAAGGUUAAGAGUGUUUUUGGUGCAAAAAUGUUUGCUCUUGGAGUAGUUAUUAAAAUUCCAGUGCCAAAGCAAACUGCUAAAACAAACUUCCAGGUGACGUCAGGGAGAGCAAAGUAUAAUGCAGCCAUUGACUGUUUGGUUUGGAAGAUACGAAAAUUUCCAGGGCAAACUGAAUCAACAUUGAGUGCUGAGGUUGAGUUAAUUUCGACAAUUACAGAGAAAAAGUCCUUGACUCGUCCGCCAAUUCAAAUGGAAUUUCAGGUUCCCAUGUUUACAGCAUCUGGAUUGCGUGUUCGGUUUCUCAAGGUGUGGGAGAAGAGUGGCUACAACACAGUUGAAUGGGUUCGUUACAUCACCAAAGCUGGUUCUUAUGAGAUUAGGUGCUAAGAUGAAACAACUUACGUGAGUUUGAUGUUGUCGUUGAACAAUAGCCCUAUUUGAGGGAUGCAAUCACACCAGCACUUGUACAUUGGAUCUAGCCACGACUUUAAAUGUGCUUGGACGAGUAUAGUACUAGGAUGGACGACCUCCCCUGAGAUUUCUCAUGUUUCGUCUUGUGUUGACACCACCUAGUUUCGAAUUGAGGAAGAGCUUGAUUGUCUUUUGUUUUCCUUUUUAAAAUCCUUUGUUGUUGUGCUGAGUUCUUUGUGAGGACUAAGAAAAGGCCUUCUGUUAAUGCUAGUUGUUUCAUAUAUUUUACCAAAAAAAUUAUUGUAUCUUGUCUUGUUCCUGGAAAUGAAUUAGAUUUUUUUCACAAA